AUGGGUUUUCUGGCUUUGGAUGUUUUCACAACUGGUAAAAGGGAUGGCUUUCAAAGAACUCUCCUCCUCCUCCUCACCUGUAGCUUCUCCAGCCUCCUGCUCAGCUCCCUGCUCCUCCUGUACCUCCUCUUCAGCCUGAGCUAUGAGCUAGCAGUAGCUGGAGGGAUUGCUGGCUGCUUUGGGAUACUACUGACAGUUGCCCUCUUCUUAUCAAAGAGAGUCAGGUGCUUAGGGACUCUGUUUGUCAUCUCUAUUUUCAUGAAGAAGAGUCGCAACCUGCUCCUGACUGCCGGGACCAGUUUAGUAGUUCUUAGAAAUAUCCGCAACACAUUGGAGAACCUCACAGGCCUGGUCAGGAGUAUGAUUUGCAACCUAAAGGCCAAGAAAGCAGCCAUCAUUGGACCAUUCAGUAACUACGUUAAGAUGUUGAAGUGGUUAGGAAACGUGCUGAAGGGGGUGACAGAUUUAGGGGUGGUGAACUUAGACCCCCAGCUCAAGAUCACACCCAGACUGGAAUCAGAAAAACUCAGGGGGAGACUGAAUGAGGCAGAGCAGACGCUGAAUGACACUGUGAGGCAUGUUCAGUCCCUUAUGAAUACUGUCUCCUCUGUGACCGACAAGAUGUUUCCUGCCAUCAGCUUCCUGGUGCUCAUGAUGUUUAUAGCGCUGCAUAUAAAAAAAUACUGCAAUGACAUGAAAUAUGAAAACAGAUUCAUGAGCAGCAAAUUUGUUCGUUUUGAUGAGAAGCAGAAGACGGAAGGAAAGCCCCACGUCCUCCCCCUCACAGCAGAGGAAGAGAAGCUGUACACCUCCAUCCCCUCGGCCCGUCCCACCACCAGAGAGGGGAGAGCUAUGCUGAAAUUUGGAGUUCCAGUUGUCUCCCAUGUUGUCACAUGGGUGAUAUUCAUAACUGUGGACGCCUUGUUGUACUGCUUUGUCGAUAUUGUAACAGUAAAGUUAUCAGAGCUGGAACCAUUCCAUGUCCCGCUGCUGAUGAGCAUCAAAGGCAUUGCAACUUUAAUAGGUAUAUCGCUUGUUGAGGAAAACCAUCAAAAAGACUUUUCCUACUCUGUGACCCUGUUUGAGAAGAAGUGUCUUCCUAAACCCAAGCUGCUGCUCCAUACCUCCAUAGUUCCUUUGGCUGCAAUCCUGCUCACCCUGCUCAUUAUGGCUCUGAUGGCCGCCAAAGUGGCCCAGCUCAGGCUGAUGGUCUGUGAGGGAUUCUUCUCCACAGCUGCGGAGAAGAGAGUGGAAUACCUGCAUGCCAAAAUCCUGAGGAAGAGAUUAAAAAAGAGGAGGGAGAGAAACAACUGCAGGCUCACAUCACUUUACUUUAAGACACAUUUCUGGUGCCCGCUGCUCUUCAGGCCCAAAGAGGAUCCACAAAGUAUUGUGUGA